AUGGCUUCGAGUAGUAGUGCUCCAUUUGUUGUUGUAGAACAUCCUAGUUCGGAGCAGUGUAUCACUAAUUUAUGUUACUGUUGUCCAGACGACACUUGCCAAUUUGCUGUGAGCUUUCGACGAGGACCUCCAUGGCCUUUCACUACAAUCCAGAAGAAGAAAAAGCUCUAUCUUGCUCUUUUCAAUGGCAAGAAUAAUACAGAGGAUGAGAAGGUACCAAAGGGCCACAUAUCUCUGAAUCCAGUGCAUUUCAAAUCUCUUGAUGUUUCAUUGGGGGACACCAUCCUUUUGCAAGUGUUUGCUCAUCCUCCUAAUGGGUUUGAUGUAAAUGUAUUGAGAAUCAUGGUAGAAUUACUUCCGGAAAGUUCAACUCCAACUCAAAUGAUAACGGCUUCUACCCUGGGGAGAGAAUUUAGAAACACAUUCCAUCAUCAAGUUUUUACUGAAUAUCAGAGGGUGGUAUUUGCAUAUAAAGGAAGCUCAUAUGCAUGCAGUGUCGUGGAAAUUUCUCUCGGUGAGAAUGAGGGGAGUGAAUCUCUGAGGAGCACAAAGCAGGGGAUGAUCCGAAAGCGCACGAAAGUGAUAGUUGAAGCCCCAACACAAUCACUGGGUACCCUAAUCCACGGAGCUGAAACAUUUAAAAGCAUAUUUAGGGAAAGCUUCAAUAUGGAAUCACUGAAAGAAGAACAACUAUCACUUGGCAUUGGAGGUAUGACUUCCCAAUUUGCUCAAAUACUACAGUUGAAUUUGAAACGUGUAAGAGGCAUGCUACUAUAUGGUCCACCAGGUUCUGGAAAAACAUUGAUAGCACGAAACAUUUGCAAAUUACUAAAUGCAAAAGAGCCCCUGAUUAUACAUGGACCGGAUGUGUUAAAUGCAUUCCAAGGUGUAUCGGAGAGGAAAAUAAGGUCACUCUUUGAAGCAGCCAAUGAGGAUGAAAACAGAUAUGGUAAAGACGCACAGUUCAUAUCUUCAUUGUAA